CUCUUCGGCCGUGGCGCUACUCUGCAAGGCAAAAAAAAAAAAGAAAUUUCCGCUUCCUGCAGCGAUAAACACCUAACGCAACUUAAGAAAACAUUAGCAGCGAGUUUCUCGGAAACGAGCAGAUAUAACGGCAGCGCACCGCGGGCGAAGUGAUCGUCACAAAUGGACCGGUUGAACCACGAUCCUCGCAGACAGAUGAUUGUUGUGCAGUAGGAAAUCUGCGCUUCCAAAGCACACCGUUUUAUUUGGGUUUUCUUUUGUUGUUUUUAAACAUAAGGUACCUCCAGUAUGUCGGAGCGGGGAGGGCUCCCGAGGACUGGAAACGUACCGUCUCCGCAGCCCUCCAAACCGGCGGCGAUCACUUCCAAUCGCCCGGUGCACAUGAACCUGUACGCCACCUGGGAAGUGGACCGAUCGUCCCCGAGCUGCGUGCCGAGACUCUUCAACCUGACGCUAAAGAAGCUGGUCAUGCUGAAAGAGCUGGAUAAAGAUUUGACCUCUGUGGUUAUCGCUGUCAAACUCCAGGGCUCAAAGCGAAUCCUUCGUUCCAAUGAGAUCCUGUUGCCAUCGACCGGCCAGACGGAAACUGACCUGCAGCUCACGUUCUCAUUGCAGUAUCCUCACUUCCUGAAACGGGAUGCCAACAAACUUCAGAUCAUGCUGCAGAGGAGGAAGAGAUACAAGAACAGAACCAUCCUGGGCUACAAGACCCUCGCGUUCGGACUCAUCAACAUGGCAGAGGUGAUGCAACACCCGACGGAGGGUGCUCAGGUUCUUGGUUUGCACAGUCAGCUGAAGGAAGUGUCUGUCCGUGUGGCUGAAAUCAGAGUUUACUCUCUUUCCAGUCAACCCAUCGACCACGAGGGGCCCAAAGCCAAGAUGAAUGAUCGUUCUCCAGACAUUGAUAACUACUCUGAGGAAGAGGAGGAGAGCUAUUCAUCUGAACAAGAGGGCAGUGACGACCCCGUCCAUCAUUAUCUAGAUGAUGAAGAGGAUGAGGUGAGAAAGAAGAAACCCAGACGCAAACUCACCUCCAAUGCAUCGAUCACCAGACAACCCAAUAUCAAGCAGAAGUUUGUGGCAUUGUUGAAGAGGUUUAAGGUGUCAGAUGAGGUAGGAUUUGGUUUAGAGCAUGUGUCCCGAGAGCAGAUUCAGGAAGUGGAGGAGGAUCUGGAUGAACUCUAUGACAGUUUGGAGAUGUACAACCCCAGCGACAGCGGACCAGAGAUGGAGGAAAACGACAGCAUCCUCAGCACUCCAAAACCCAAACUCAGACCAUUCUUUGAGGGAAUGUCUCAGUCGAGCUCCCAGACAGAAAUCGGCAGCUUGAACAGUAAAGGAAGUCUGAGCAGAGACCCCUUCUGCCCUCAGGGGGAGCAGCCACCAUCAGAUAAACUCAAACACUCUCGAAGCCGCAACCUGGAGGAGCCGCUGUCUGAGACUGACACUCUGGAGCUGAAUGAUCAGGAGUUGUUUAGUGAAGUCGGUCCCAGUAUAACGGUGUCUGUGGCUGAGAAACCCCGAACACCGUUAAAAACAAGCAAGAGCGAGAUCCAGUCCAUACCGUCCCCCAGGUUGGAUGGAGGACUCACACCCAGGAAGCGCAUCACUCCUGUGAAGGAUCGACAGCUCUCUAAACCGCUGAGUGAACGAACCAACAGCUCAGAUAGCGAAAGAUCACCUGAGCUUACCCACAGCACACAGGUGCUCAGGAAGGCUGUAUAUGAUCAGUUGAAUCAGAUUUUGUUAUCUGAUUCUGCUCUUCCUGAAAGUCUGAUUCUGAUCAAUGGCGCAGACUGGCAAGGACAGUAUGUUGCAGAGCAGUUGCAGGUCCAGAAGCAGUCUGUGGUGUGCACGUGUUCUGGUGCAGAGAUUCAGGCCGUUCUGUCCGCUCUGCUUACACGUAUACAGAAAUUUUGUAACUGUAACUCAUCCAUGCCACGGCCGGUGAAGGUGGCGGUAGUCGGGGGUCAAAGUUAUCUGGGCUCUGUGCUGCAGUUUUUCGUCACUCAAUUGGCCAACAAGACGUCUGAUUGGCUCAAUCACAUUCGCUUUCUGAUUGUGCCUCUAGGUUCUCAUCCUGUUGCUAAGCACCUGGGUGCCCUUGACAACCGCUACAGCACAGUCUUCCUUGAUGGAGCAUGGAGAGACCUGUUUAACCGAUCAGAACCACCACAGACAGAUUUGGUGGAUGUAGCGGGUCGUAUCGCUCUGUACAUCAGUGGAGCCGUUCUCACUCACCAGCUGCCCAUCGCUGAGGCCAUGCUUACCUGCAAGCACAAAACGAGGGAUGAGGAUUCCUAUCAGAAGUUCGUCCCUUUUAUUGGGGUGGUGAAAGUGGGAUUGAUUGAGCCUGGACAAUCAUCAGCAGGGGACAUUGAUGAGGGUGUGGCUGUGAGUUUGGCUGUGCCCUCCACAUCUCCACCCUCUCACGGAUCACCUGCCAGUCUGAAAGAGACGGCCACACCCCCUUCCUCUCCGUCAAUGGGUGGAGGUUUGGUCGUACAGGGGAGUCCCAGUAUGUCUCACGGCGUGGAUGCCAUUGGACUGCAGGUGGAUUACUGGCUGGCAUCUCUGGCUGAGAAGCGUCGGGAGGGAGAAAGGAGAGAUAUGGUCUGUAAGAACACUCUAAAGAGUGCAUUCUGGUCCCUGCAGGUCAGCCGGCUGACAGGAGGGGGAGUCAGUGACCCGCAAGCUCCUGUCAACACUAUGGCCAUGACAGUGGUCACCAAAGAGAAGAACAAGAAAGUUCCAACCAUUUUCCUGGGGAAGAAACCUAAAGAACGUGAGAUGGACUCUAAAAGUCAGGUCAUUGAGGGCAUCAGCCGGCUCAUCUGCUCAGCCAAACAGCAGCAGACUAUUCUGAAAGUUACCAUUGAUGGAGGAGAGUGGAAUGACGUAAAGUUCUUCCAGUUAGCAGCUCAAUGGCCGACUCAUGUCAAGUAUCUCCCAGUUGGAUUGUUUGGCUACAGCAAACCACCCUCCUAGGAUGGCCAACAUUCAAAACCCCACCUUCAACCCGCAACCUACACCCCAUUGCACACCAUUCCUGCCUCUCAGAAUGCCGGCCAAUUGUAGUUGUGAGACAGGACUCUCCUAAGUAGGUGUCUCUGGUGGUUGGAUAGGUGUAGUUGUAUAAGUUUGAUUUGGCGGGUUUGGUAGACUUUUAUAAGCACUUUUAUCACUUUUAUUUAUCAAAAGGUCCCAGAGCCACAUGUGGGGGCCAAGCACAAAAUUUGAAUACAUCACCUGUCAACCAUCAACCUGAUCACUAUUGAACAGCAUGACAAGACAUACGUCCCUUAAAAAUAUAAUCCCUGACCUCACUGUUACAACAAUGAAUGGCUUUCAUUAUUGACCUCAAUGUUAAAAUUGAAGUAUUACCAACAAAUGCAGUUUAAUCCAUUUAAGAAAUGUUCCAUGGUAACCACAGUUUCCACCAAAACACCGUAGUUACUAUAGUUAUUGUUAGUACUGUAAAAUCAGAACAUAUAUUAACAUAGCCAUCUCCCCCCUUGUUGACAAAACUCGGAAAUGCAUCAUUAACCUCUAGCUGGCAUGUCUUAAAUUACACCCAUAACAGGACCCACUUUCUAUUAGAUAUCUUUAACUGCUGUACUUGUUUAAGCAUUUGAUACAAUGUACUUAUUAUGUACAUAGGUGUUGUUGCAUUGUACUUGGAUAUAAACCUGCAUUUAAUUUCAUCUGUAGUUACACUGUUAACCUAAACCCAACCCUAACCCCUACUCCUAAACCUACCCAUACCUCAAACUCAAUAGCAGCAAAUGUAAAUUUUGUGAAAUUUUGAAAUUUUUUGAAGAAUAUGUAGUUACACAAUAAAUACAUUGUACUGUAUGCGUUUUAAUGUUAGUACAUAGUACAUUAAGACACCUAAUAGAAAGUGGGACCAAAACUAUUUUAAUAUUGGUUCCGUGUUGCACUUUAUGUACUUGUGCAUGUGCUGAGCUGUGCUAACUGAGCUGCUGUAGACUCCAAAUUUCUUUUCCCUCAGUAUACAGAAGGUUGGGAUCUGUGACUUAACAAAUAGUGGUUUACAGUGACACAGUGGUUAAUCCGAAUAUCUAGAAUCGUUUUAAUUACUUGUAUAUUAUUUUGUACACAGAUUAUGGUUUUAUGUGUCGGAAGAUCUAACGAUCGUUUAGUUCUACUUUUAAAAGUGACAUUUUUAGCUUAAAUAUGUAGCUCAUUUAUUUAUUUAUUUCCAUAAACCAUAUCUCCAAAGAUCACUCUUGCCAAUCAGAAUGUAAACAUUGUGGGAAAUGUAUAGGAGGGGGGAGAGAGCUCAAGGGAAUGAUGUCAUCGAUUAGCAAAAGGGCUGGACUAGGUUGGACAUGAAAUUGUUAAAAAAUAAUUUGUGGCGUAGGCAGCAGAAUUGAGGAAAAUGGUGUAUUGUUAAUUUUGUGUUCUUAUAUGAAUCUUCACAGUUGUAAGCAAGUUUGGGGAGAUCUUUAGAAGGGAAACCUUUGCUAGAUGCUAUGCACUUCAACUCAACUUUACACUUACACAUCUUCGUCCAAAGCACGUUUUUGCCAACUAGAUCCUCACACGGAAUGCCCCGUUAAAGCAAGCAUGGGAUCAGACCUUCACGAUUAGUACCUUUUAAAGGUUUAAAGUCACGAGCUAAACAGCAAAACUGAUCUUGGAUCAGUCAUUUUAGAGCUACAAGCUCCCUUUAUUUGCUAGUUGUUACAAUAUAGUUAAAGGCAGCUUUCAAGAAAGUAACUGUGUUCUAUUUUGUCUAAAACGUUUGUUAGAUAUUCUUGUGUGUGUGUGUGCGUGUUGGGUAAUGCAACUAACAAGAUGUUAUUGUUUGCGAUGUGGUUUUAAAAUGAUAACAAAAAAACAUUAUCUCUGAAACAAUGUUGUGCCACAGUUAGAGUGAUACAAGUAUGUUGUGUGACUGUUGUUGUUUUUUUGUGCGUGUAUGUGUGUAUUUUAUAAUAGUGUUCACUGGUAAGGUUAGUCUGUGGUGUAAACUAAAACAUUCUUCAAUUCAGUCACAACACAAGAUUCAGCAUUUUUUCGCCCAGCCGACUUUCUAAUAAUUUAAACUUGAAAUGCUAAUGAUUUAUACCAUUAUUGUUACAUAAUAAUUAAUUUGUCAUUUUCACAAUAUUAUUAUUAAUUCACUUUCAAUCUCACAUGCCGGGUCCUAGUUCACCACAAAAUCAAGCAAAAUAAGAAAUUGUAUUUUUCAGAAAGAAAAUUAAGUUUGAAAAUAUUUGUACAUCAUGGUAGUAUGUGUCGGCUUUAAUUUAUGCUUAUAUAUAAAUGUAAAAAUCUAUGUAUUUUAGUUAUUCUUUCCCCCCUGUAAUACAGUAAAAAAAUUACUGUAGUAGAGUGAUAAUUGGAAUAAUGGGAAUUACUGAAAAACAUAAAAGUAAAAAGUCUGGACGCAUGAUGGUCAUGAGAAUUUUGAGUGAACUUGAUUGUCAUUGUACUACAUAAUGAAAAUAAUGACACAAUGCAAAAAAAUCUUAAGAAAAGGCUUUAUAUAUAUAUAUAUAUAUAUAUAUAUAUAUAUAUAUAUAGAUAUAUAAACUUUUUUAAAUGUGACCCAGACAUGUUUUUACAAGAUUCACUCAAAAGCUUUCUUUCGGGUAACUUUUAAUAUUUUUCAUGUCUUUUUUUCUUAAUAAGAGUGUCAAUUAGUAACAAAAAGUAUUACAAACAACUAAGUAUUAAAGUAAAGGGAUCUGUUGCAAUUAAAGCUUGUUUUUUUAGAUGCAUGGAGACAAAAAACAAAAACAAAUCAUUUAAAAAAAAUCACAAAAUGUCCUGUCUGCACACUGAAUGACAAUCAGACUGGAAAAGAUACAUACAUACAUACACAUACACACACAUACACAAACACACACACAUUAAACUUGCAUAGUGUAAGAAGUACAGUGAAUUAAAAACUUAUUUUUCUUGAACAACUAAGUAUUAAAAUACAAAUGGGUCAUUUAGAUGUAUUCCUUUAACCUGCUCCUUAGAUGUUUAGCAAUAGUUUUAAGCUUUUGUUGUUGUUUUUAAGUGUUUUUCCUUUUGUGUAUAAUAAAUGCAGCUCUCCUACAGUAUUUCUACCCAUAUUCUGAAGAAACCUUCAAAAUGAUGCUUCCCUGGCAUUUAAAAAAUAAUAUUUAGAUCGUUUUGGGCUGAAUUUUAUUCUAAAUUCCUUAAAUAAAAAUGUAUGUAAUGCCGUUACAUUUGCUGUUUGUGUUUUAAACUUGUAUGAUGGGCAAGCAAAAAUCUGCAGUAACCUUUAUACAAGCUUUUUGAGGUAAACCACACACAUUUAAACCUUAAAUGUUAACUAUUUUUGGGGUGCAGGUUUAAAGUUUGUUUAAAGGUUUAAAGUGUUUCUUGAAAGGAAAUAAGGAGAGGCACCAAAAAAAGUGUCACUGCCAAAGAGUGUCAGCUGUUACAUUUUGUUUGUGUGUGUGUAGGAGGAAAAAUAGAUUUUCAGUAUUUUUGGAGCAGUCUGGAAGUAAUACAUUUUUCAGAAUGUUCAUUUAAAUAUGAAAAGAAAAUGCUUGGACACACCACAUUCAAAUUCUGUUUUCAACAACUACAAAAUACCCAUUCCUUCAUCUGAACACGGACUGUCUUUUAAUCCAUGUGCUAUUUGGAGUCUGGUCUUUGCCUGGCUGUACGUGUACCUCUGUACAGUAUGUACUUGUGUGUUGAUUGUAAUGUGAACGUUUUUCAGAAACCAUGAAGUGGAUUUGAGCAUAAUUAUAUGAACAGCCAAUCAAAAUGGUCUUUUCCACUUCAUCAAAUACUUCUUGUCAGUCUAUCACAAUCUGUUUGAGAGCUCAUAUGCCUGAAUUCCACAAGCUUCGGAUUCAAACAGCAGAUUUGGCUAAAGUUAGCCAAUGUAAAAAUAAUACCCCGUAAUAUUUAGAGGGGGACGAAGCCAAGCUUGUGGAUUAGAGAAAUAUUUUUGCACAUGCAUUUAUUAUAUUUUAGCAGUUUUCAGCUGUUUGCCUUUUUGCCUCUUGACAAUAAUGCUUGUACAUAUCCAAAGUGCUUGUAAUGAGAACGUAUGUUCCUUUAUUAUUUUUAUUAUUUUACAUGUUUUGUAGUACUGCUUUUUCAUAAUUCGGUUGUCAAUCAAUAGAUGUGGUAUAUGGACAUUGGAAGUGUUACUUGUAUUCUUUUUUUAUUUAAUAAACACCUGA